UCUACAUUAAAAUAAAGGAAACAUCUAUCCAAGACGAAUUCACUCUUCUAGACAACUACUUUCAUAGUCCCUUUCGCUACCAACCCAACAAUCCACCAUGUCCACUCCCCAGCUCACCCGAACCACCCUCCGCAAAACCCUCUCCUCCCUACUCCACCAACCUUCCACCUGCACCAUCACCCGCCCCCUCACCACCCACGCCCGCGCCCCAACAACCUACACCCUGAACACAGGCGCCCAAAUCCCCGCCCUCGGCUUCGGCACCUUCCAAGAUCCCAAUUCCCAAGAAUCCACCGUCAGCUUAGCCCUACAGCGCGGGAUGCGCCUCAUCGACACAGCGCGAGUCUACAACGUCGAAAAGCAAGUCGGGCAGGGGAUCAAGAAGAGCGGAAUUCCCCGAGAAGACAUCUUCCUAGGGACGAAGCUCUGGUGCAAUGAUUACCAUCCGGAGGAUGUGGAGCGCGCGGUGGAUGAUUCUCUUCGCGAUUUGGAUACACCGUAUGUGGAUUUGUUACUGAUGCAUUAUCCGUGUACAUUUAAGCGGGGGGAAGAGCGGUUUCCGAGGGAUGGUCAGGGGAGGAUGAUUCAUGGGGAGACGACGUUUGUGGAUACGUGGAGGGCGAUGGAGAGGGUUGUGAAGAGGACGGGGAAGGUGAGGGCUAUUGGGGUGUCGAAUUUUAGUAAAGCGGAGGUUGAGAUGUUGAUAAGGGAGAGUGACACGGUCCCUGCGGUGCAUCAGAUGGAGGUGCAUCCUUAUCUUCAGCAAAAGGGGUUUAAUGAGUGGUUACACGGGCAGGGGAUUCAUGUUGUUCAGUUCAGUCCGCUGGGUAAUAUGAACGAUUUUUAUCGACAGACUGGGUGGUCGAAGGAAAUUGCGCAUAUGAUGAGGGUGAUUGAUCAGCCGGUUUUGAAGGAGAUUGGGGAGAAGUACGGCAAGAGUCCUGUGCAGGUGGCGUUGGCGUGGGGGAUUAAUAGUGGGAGAUCGGUCAUCCCCAAGAGUGUGAUUGAUUGGCAGAUUGAGGAGAAUUUGGCGGCGGAUUUUGAGUUGAUGCCGGAGGAUAUGGCGAGGAUUGCGACGUUAGAUGCGAAGGCUCGGUUUAAUGAUCCGAGUUUGGAUUAUGAGUGGAGAUUGUAUGGUGAUUUGGAGGGGAUUGAUGGGACGGUGAGGGGGAGGACGCAUUGA